AUGCAGAUAUUUAUCACUGGAGUACCCAAGCUGGACUUUGAGAUGGUAGCACUCUAUUCCUUGACAAUAUAUGCCAAAGACAACCAUGGGGCAAUAGCAUCCCAGACCAUUUUUGUCGAGAUUGAAGAUGUGAAUGAGCCACCUGCAUUCAUUGGGUCUCUUGCCCAUGAUGAUCAAGUUACUGAGAUUUAUAUCACAGAAGACACUGCCCACGGCACCAUCAUUUACAAAGCAGCGGCCAAAGACCCAGAGGAUGCUGUAUUGGAGUACUUCAUUUCCCCGGAAAGCUCCAGCUUCACCAUUGAUAGCAGUGGGACCAUUUCCACAGCAACAGCUUUGGAUUUUGAGAGGGGCAUGAGAAGUUUUUCACUGGUUAUUAGAGUGGUUGAUCCUGGAGGAUUGUUUGCUACUGGAAAUCUGAAGAUUUUCCUCAUCAAUGUCAACAAUAAGGACCCUACUCUUGCCUGCAGCUUAUUCAGUAUUGAAAAUGGGGUCUUUCGUGUUACCUCCACAAACUCUACUCUGCACCACGACGUCAACAUCACACUGGAUGAAGAAAUUCCAGUUGGGAAGAUGAUUGCAAUGUGCCAGGCAGCUGAUGAAGAUAACCUGGGAGAGCUAAUCUUUGGGCUAGAUACAGCAGAUGAUUAUUUUGCAGUAGACAAAGAGAAAGGGACUGUGGUUACGACUACCCGUCUCGAUGUGGACAAAACUGGGUUUGCAAGUGCUCUGUCCUUCUCUAUUAAGGCAUGCGAUGGUGACGAGAGAUGUGCAGCAAUCCCAGUGACUACCUACAUUCGUGGCAUUAAUGACAACCCUCCUUUCUGUGACCGAUAUCUGAUUAGGUACACAGGUAACAAGAAGAUUGCAAAAGACACAGUAAUUGCAAAGCUCUCAUGUCAUGACCUCGACAAACCUCCUGACACAAUUCAUUAUGCUCUGGACUCUGGCCCAGUAGGGUUUGGACGACUAUUUGAGCAAGUGCCAAAUGCUGAAAAUUUCAUUCAGGUAACCAAAGAGCUGGAUUAUGAAAACCCAGAAGUGGUUGCAGCAGGACGCAUUUAUGAAAUGAUGAUUUCAGUAUUUGAUGACCUACAUCCGUCUCAUACAGUGACUGUGACAAUCCUUGUGGUGAUUGCUCCUGACAAUGAUUUCAGCCCCAAAUUUCAAGCCUCACACUAUACAUUUUCAGUUCCCGAAACAUCAGGAGCCUUCUACAAAGUUGGACAAGUGACUGCCAUUGAUGAGGACCAUCCAGCAAACUGUCUGACCUACAAGAUAAUCAAGGGCGAUAUCCAGGCUGUGCGAAGGUUCUGGAUUCAUCCUAUCUCUGGAAUGAUUGAACUCACCACUCAGCCGGACUAUGAGACAGUGAGGCAAUAUAACCUCACAGUGGAAGCUGUGAAUUGCGACAGAGCGCAUCCACGCACUGCAGUGGCCACAGUCACUGUUGACAUUGAAGAUGAGAAUGAUGAAGCACCUGUCUGCAUACCUUAUCUAUAUACAGCAACUAUCUCUGACAAUGUUGUUGCUGGGGCAAAUGUCAAUGGUCUCAAACUGAACUGUCAUGACAGAGAUUCACAAGAUUUUGAAAUGCGCUUUGAAAUGGCUUCUGGAAACGAAAACCUUCAUUUCCAAUUAGACCCAAGUCGGGGUUCAAAUACUCCAAAGUUAAUUGUGAAGAAUCCUUUCAACUUUGCAUCUGGAGCUGAACUGCGGCAGCGCUACCAUCUUGUGGUGCAUGUAAUUGAUGACAACCUGAAAUACGGCAAAGCCAUCAAGCCCAGGACAGGAACUGCCAUCAUAGACAUCUAUGUGAUAAGAACCAGCACACCACCUCCUCCAACCAGCCCUGAGCAAAGAAAAGGUCUGACCAUUGUGUAUACAGCUAUCAACACAUACAAAAGCAGUGACUGGUAUGUUCCUUUCAUCUUCACGCUGAUGGCUGUUUUCUUCAUUGGACUGAUUUCCUGGAUGUGUUUUCUCCUUUGGAAAUACAGAAACAUUAAGAGCUGCUCUCAGAAAAUGACCAAGGAAGUUUCCAAGUCAAAACCCAAAAGAAUGAAGUAUGUUGUAGGAAAUAAAAAUCAAAAAGGAAAAAAUGUUAUCACAGAAAGAAGAAACGAAAAGCUAGAGGUAUUAACAGAAACCACUGUGUAUGAGACUGUGUUUGAUGGAGAAGCUGUUGAUCCAGGUAUGAUGCUUCUGUAUUUUUGA